AUGGAUAGGCGGAAGCAGAAGCUGUUUGCGGCGGCGGAGGAGGAGGAGAAGAAUAAAUCCUCGUCGUCAUCGCAUCCUCCGCCGGCUGUGGAGAAGCGAAUCCGGACGUUGAGUCGGCUGGUUCCUGGCUGCCGGAAGGCGCCGCUGCCGAAUAUGUUGGAGGAAGUCGGGGAUUACAUCGCGGCGCUGGAGAUGCAGGUGAAAGCAAUGGCGGCGGGUGGAGUCGGGGAGGAGAAAGCGGGUUCGGCGGAGGUAGUAGAAGAAUUAGGUUUCUAUUUUUAUUUUUUUUUAGUGAUGAUAAUAAUUAGGUGGAAUAUUUAA